AUGUGUGUCCGUUCGUCCAUGGGUAACGAAAUCGUCGAGCCAAUCGUGCCUUCCUUUAGCGCGAAGCGCACGCAGAGCGACCGGUUGACCCGCGUCAAGGAGAAGUACAUUAGACUGCACGAUGAGAUGCUUGAUCGCGAGAAGCAGGAGCUGCUGCGUCAACAGCAACAGCAGCAGCAGCAGCAGUCGAUAUUCCACGUGUCGGACCUGGCCGACAACGCCUUGGCCAUCAGCACGAUCCAAUACAGCCUGUUGCUGCAGAAGCUGGCCGAAUACUACGCGAUCAUACGACGCACUAAAGCGUUCAAGAUCUUGUUUUACACGACGCAACCCGCUCACGUGAUUAUGAUCGCGGCGGUUUUGUUCGUCACGUCGGUUCUCGUUCCGACGAAAGAAAGGAUACAGGUCUCUUCGGAUUAUUCUCACUCAAGGACGGCAUCCUUCAUUUAUCUCGCGUCCUUUGUGAUGCAUUUCGGUGCCCAAAUCUGGAUGACCUUCGUAUCAGGUCUAUCCUUAUACUUCGCAUUGCCGCGACACACGUUCGGCGAGGUACAACGUGUCCUAUUCCCGAGAUACUUCACGAUCAACGCGUGCUUGAGUCUCAUUACGCUCCUCAUAUUCGUCAAGCACCAUCCGACGCAUACAUGGGACACAGAAAUCGCAAUUCAGGUCGGCGGGAUGUCGGGCGCUUUCUUCCUGGAACUGCUGUUGCGACUCUACCUGACGCCACCUCUUCUGCGGCUAAUUGUGCUGAAAAACAAUUUGGAACGCGCAGCAGGCGUCGGGGGUGAGAUCGGUCGUCACACCGCCGGUCCGCUCAAGUACUGCCCGCACUACUUUAAGAUCCACCAUGCCUUUCGCCGUGUGCACGUGUGCAUCGCCAUGGGAAACAUGCUCACCAUGGCGUGCACGGUUCUUCAUCUGCAUUACAUAGCGAAUAAAUUGUGCGUUCUGUAAAUGGAACGAUCGGUUCGCCAGUUCGGGCAAGCAUCCCGAUGCUUGACUCGUUCGCUUCGGGAACAUAUCCCGAGGUAUACGUAGACGUAGUUUAGAAAAUAACUCGAAGAGGAAGAAGAAGCGCGUCUCGUACGAUAGUUCGAUAGUAAACGAAAGCCGGAGGUCCGAGUGUGCUCUGAACGCGCCUCGCGACACGACGCGGAAGAUAUUAAUGAUCUUUCCUGCCAUUAAUUAAAGUAAGCAUCUCGAUAAUUUGGACUAAGCGCGAGUCUUUCGGCGAUGUAGUUGUCUAGAUUCUUGGAAUUGGUGCCCUUGCACCGAAACUGUCCAAGUAUUCACAGUCUGAUCUUAUAUUUAACUAUAGAACACCAUACUUUUUUCGACUCCUAAUUUCACUACAUUGGGUGCACAUCCAGCAAACUUUCAUGAUCAAUAUUUCCUUGAGAAGACGAAACUUUUUAACAUCUUCUUUUGUUUGAACAUCAAAAUGUCAAAAAUACGCUUAUACCAUUAAUUACACAAUUAAAGUUUUAGAAAAAAAGUUUUAGAAAAGAAGUUAAUUUUACAAAAAGACUAAAUAGAAAUUUCCUUGAUCACAAAAAGGCUAUUUAAUUUGCUCGAAAAUUUAUAACUUUUUUUUAUAACAUCGUAUUGUAUAAAACCAAUUACUAUUUGUUAAAGAUAAAGAAUGUAACUUUUCAGAAAAAAUUGAAACAACGAUUUAAAAAAAUAUAUAUUUCUUUAACAUGACGAAUUUUAACGUUAAAACUGAUUUCAAUGGUUUCAUAGAUUGCAUUGUUUUUUAUUCGGCUGCAUAGAAUUGUAAAUGUUUUGCAGAGUGAAAAUACAAAUAUCAAUGGAUGAGAAAAACACCAGAUGUUGUGUUAAAAACAAAAAAAUUUAGGUAAAAAAUUCUUUUUAAAGGAAAUUUUGCAACACUUUGAAAUUUUUUUAGAAACAAGGUUUAUUUUAGAAAAACAAUACAAAGUAUGAAAUUGCAUUAUGUCAGUAUCCAGCUAUGUAGCUGGAUGUAAUAAAACGGCCUUUACAUCUUGAUAAUAUUUAACUUAAGUACAGUGGCGUAGCCAGGGGGGCUGAGGGGGCUGCAGCCCCCCCCCCCCGAAAUUAAUUUUCUGGGUGACGUUAAGUGUGAGAAAAAUUUUUUCGAAUAACCUUUUUUUGCUCGUCAAAAAUAAAAAGUACAGCCCCUCCCGAAACUUUUUUUUGGCUAUGCCAUUGCUUAAGUAUAUAUGAUCAGAUGAAUACAGCUUUAAUGUGCGCUAAUAUGAAUCCUUUCGUCCCACGUCUUUUUCCGGACAGCAUAAGGAAAUUGCAAGUGUUAUUUUGUGGACAUAUUGUUUUAUUUCAAUAUAUUGUACAAGAAUUUCUAAUAUAUAUUUUUUCGCUUCGACGUCGAAACAAAGAAACAGGAGCCUUAAAAGACUCGUUUCAGACGUUGAGAUGUUUCCAUCUUUCAAGAUAAUUUCAGAUUUAAAACAGAAUUGUUUUAGAUAUCUUUCAGAGAUGUCUCUAAAACAUAUUUCAAAUUUUGCUGUCUGGGUUUCUUCCUUCUUACCCUAAGUAGAACAGAAAAUCAUAAUGACAUCAAAAUGACGAUAAAAUGAUUGCAUCGUGAUUGAAAAAGCAGUUUUUUUAAUAAUUUUUUCGUCAUUUUGACAUCAUUUUGACGCCAUUGUUUUUUCGUUCUGCUAUGGAAUCCUUUGUAAUUGCGUUCUGUAAUGAUAAUUACAAAAAAUACCACGAAAAGAAUACGAAAGAAAAAGGGAAAGGAGGAAGAAAUAGAAGCACCGAGCGAGGUGGUCGUUUGUAAGCGCGUAUCGGACCUCAAUCAGAACAGAAAAUCACGAAGACGUCAAAACAACGAAAAAAUGAUCGAGACUCAAAAGUGAGUCUUUUUCGUCAUUUUGUUGUCAUUUUGACGUCAUCGUGAUGUCGUGCUCUACCUGGGACAGCUCUGCCGUUGUGCUGUAAUAGCCUGAACUCGCUCUACGUUCAAGUAGAACGACUACUCAGUGAAGUUCGCUCGAUCGCCUCGUUCGCUCUUAAUCUAUAAUGGGACGUCGUCGUUCGCGCACACAUUCGCCGUGACACAUGUCCUCUCAGAACACUAUCCGGGAGAGAAUCAAGCCGAGAUGAUGACGGUAAUGAUGACGAUGACGAUGAUAGUAAUGAUAAUGGACGAGUUUUCACGUUUCUCACGAUAUCGAUCUGCUUUUAAUUCCGUGAUAGUGUGCUGUAUAAAUUAUUGUUGAAUAAUUGUGCGAAACGCGUGCGUGUGAUUCGCGAGAAUGUCUCUUGAGAUAAUUGUGUGUGGAUAUUGAUCAUUUAUCAAACAUUAGAAAUAAGGCUCUGAUAGCAUCAAAUUAAAUCAAAUGUAAUAUCUUAGGCAAACAAGAACCACUCGCAGGAUAUAGUUUAAUUAAUUUUUCUUUCGAAAGGAUAAUAAUGUCUUGCGAUGUCUUUGAUCAUUUAUAUUCAUCGACGUGUGAUUUCGCGUGGAUAACACCGGGACGAAAAUACGUCGCCGUCUCAUUUGAAGUAUACAUGACUUCAAUGAUGCUUUCCACUUCCGAUUAGGGUUUUGUCUUAUACACAUCAUAACUGCAUAUUGUUGCAUCACGACUGUUGGUUUUGAGAAGAAUUGGCAGUCGCAUGAUAGUGACUUUCUCGCAUUAAUCGAUGAUCAAUCAGUUAAUCAGUUUAAUCAGAUUCACUCAGUCAAUAGUUAAUUAAUUAAUUAAUCAGACUAACUCAUCUCCGGCAGAAUUACCGACAAAUAAGUAAAAAUAAUUCAUAAAAAGCAAGUUGGUUAUCAAAAUGAGUAAAUAAAAAAUUCUCAUGUUCUCAUUGUUACUUAUCUAUUUAAAAUCAUCAUCAGUCAAGUUUUAAUUGCUAUAUACUGCUAUUAUACACACAAUAAUUAAUUUUUUGAUUGUCAGAAUAAAUUAUUCAAGUAGCCAAACCUGCAGAAGCUGAUUUUGCUUGGUGUCUAUUGUAAAUUUUGUUUCAGCAGUUUUCUAGCAAAAAUACAAAUAGGAUUUGCAAAAUAUGAUGACAAAUUAGCGGCGGAAAUUGAGCGAGAUCUGUGUGUGUAUACUAUUUAAAUAUAUCUAAAAAGAACAUA